UGAUGUUACCGAGUGCCUCGCCUUGCAGGUCAAAUUCUGUCUAGACUUUUGCCUUGGACGACGUCGGCGCCGGACAUCUCCUCUUCAGUGGGUUCCUUACAACAGUCUGCCAGCAAACAAACAUGUCCGUGUACUUAUUUGUUGAUAGUAAAAUUCAGUCAUCUGUUGUCUGCUGGUACAUUACCUACAAACGGCCACACGAGUCACGUAAAGGGCGUGAUAGUUCUCUUGAAAUCUUACCAGAACGCUAUACACUGGGCAAUGAGCCGUACGGCUUAUUUACUUAAAAGAGGCAAACAAAGCCAGGAAAAGUUCUCGUUCCCAAAUAGACGUCAUCGACAUUGACGUACUCUUCCUCCCACGUUUCUGAGGUCACUUUUCGUAAAAAUUCUGUCCAAAUGUUUGAAAAUAACACAUGACAAUGCCACAGGAUUGGAUUGCCCGAGUAUUUGAACUUUUCAAACGGAUGGGGAUAUGAUAAAAAAAAAGAUUCCAACUGCGGGUCUGCACAUGGGAAGUUGGGAAAUUACCCCAGAGCAGAAUCCUCCCACCCUUUCCGCCUACUCCAGGCAGAAAAACGGCAACUUGCAAAGUCAAGUCACGACCCGUUGUGUCUAGUAGCACUUCUUUAUAAAAUGCGUCCGUGACUUAUACCUCCAACAGAUCACGUAUCAGUACACAAGACAUCUCCGCACAGAGAGGACGCAUAACCGAACUGUUCUACCAAUUUCCACGGCCCAAUAUGGAAUAUUCAAACGUUAUUGCCUUUCUAUUACUGAUGAUGAAUCUCACGUAUACCAGUACAUCUCGUAUUGGACGGCACACCAACGGAGAUUUUUCUAGAACUUCCGAUGGAGAAAAUCCUAUCGAUCCGGAAUACGAAUUUCAGAUUCGUCUCGGUAGGGUCAGCAGUUUGGAGGCUUUGUUGCUCGAAACUAUUCGAGUAGGUGGAACCGAAAUUUGUUCGUCUCCUUUCACUCGAAGUGUCAUGCUCGGCACCUGGCGACAUAACACACCAGAUCGUGACGAGCUGAGGGAUAAUUUAGAGCUACGAAAAACUUGCUAUAACGCCUUGUUGAAGGAUAGCUCGACGAACGCAGCUUCAACUCCCGUUGCCGCUUCGCAUUUCCUAAUGAAUGAUUCGCCCCCAGAUCACGAAUUCGAUAACUCUUCAGCCCACCAAGAUUUGACUUUUACGCUGCUCUCGCCAGCGGGGAAUGUCGCAGUCCCACUACGGAUGUUACGGACAGGAAUACCACCGCCGGAUUCGCCUCGAAAACGCGAAGCGACACCCAAGCCUGAAGUCUUGCGGAAAAGUAAUGAGAUUAUUAGAGAUCGUUCUGCUGAAUGCAAACCACGAAAAAUUCCGGUGGAGAUACCUAAAGAACCAAACAUUACAUGGUGGCCGGCCUGUACAUUAGUCGAACGUUGUGGCGGUUGCUGCAACAACGAAAGACUUCAAUGCGUCCCAGUUCCAGAAGCCAUCACCAUAAUAAAAACGCAGGCAGUUGCUGUUGCUAGUAGAGGGGUACAUUUAAAUGUCAAGGAGGUAAUUGAUGUUAAUAGUAAAGGAGUAACUGUAAACUACAAGCAAGUCCAAAUAGAAAAACAUAACAAAUGCAAAUGCCAGUGUAAGGUGAAAGCAUCGGAUUGCAAUCCACAACAGGUCUACGAUAAAAAUAAUUGCAAAUGUGUUUGCAAACAGAACGGAUCAAAACCUGGGAAACCCGUGCAGCAAAUUUGCAAGGCUCCUCUCUAUUGGGACGAACGAAGUUGCAAGUGUCGUUGUCCUCCCCAAAUUGACGUCGAAUGUUCUACAGGUUCUUUUUUCUCGUCGGAACAAUGCCGGUGUGUUACGGCAAGCGAAAUAUUUGAAGAGGAAAUCACAAAACGAAUGUGAAAUUAUUGAAUAUUGAUAACGCUUCAACAAAUUACCGCACUAGGAAUACGGCGUUGCUUAUUUAAAUAUCGACUCUUAAUGCUCUUUUGACCAUACCAAUAUAAUUAAACGAUUAUUGGGAUUAAAGAAACAAUCAAG